AUGUCGGAUAUCAACCUCGCCCAGAUUCAGGCAACCCUUGUGGCCGUGGCCUUUGAGGCCGGCCGUAUGAUCACAGGCGCCAACAUGGACGUGACCAAGAUGGACACCAAACUCAACUCCGUCGACAUCGUCACCGAGACGGACCAGGCCGUCGAGAAGAUGGUAUCGACCAAGCUUCGUGCCGCAUACCCGUCCUUUGACUUUAUCGGCGAGGAGACGUACGUAGCCGGCACAACUAAGCUGACCGACCGACCAACCUUUGUGGUGGACCCGAUCGACGGCACCACAAACUUCAUCCACGGCUUCCCCAAUGCUUGCAUCAGCCUGGGCUUUGUGGCCGACCGUGUGCCCAGCGUCGGUGUGGUGUACAACCCGUUCCAGGACGAGAUGUUCACGGCGAUCCGCGGCAAGGGGUCCUUUGUGCAGCGCAACGCGUCCCUCGCCGCCUCGGGCGUUACCCUUCCCGACGGCGCGGCGGCCAAGCGGCGGCUGCCACUGAGGACUGCGGACCCCAAGACGGCGCCCCCAUUGGGCGGGCUGUCGACUGCGCUCAUCGCCGUCGAGUGGGGCUCCGAGCGGGACGGCAACAACUUUGACCUCCGGGCCCGCGUGUUCCGUGACCUGAUGGCGUCGCAAAAGGCCGGCGGACGCAUGGCCCACUCCCUGCGCUCGCUCGGGAGCGCGGCGCUCAACAUCUGCGCCGUGGCUGCCGGUCAGCUCGACGCGUACUGGGAGGGAGGGUGCUAUGCUUGGGACGUCGCCGCCGGCUGGUGCAUCCUCGCCGAGGCCGGUGGGAUCAUGGCCAGUGGGAACCCUGGCGACUGGGAGCCGGCCAUCGACUCGAGAAAGUACCUCGCCGUGCGAGGAGCGACUUCUGGACAGAAGGAGCUUGUGGAAGAGCUAUGGAGCGUCAUUGGAGAUGGAGUCAUGCAUUACACGCAUUAA